AGUAGCAAAGACUACACAUAAAUGUGUCACUGUAAGCAAAAAGUUGGUGAGGAAAUAUAACAUUUGAAGUCUACAGGUAAGCUUUGUUGAAGAUCUAGAGUACAAGUAGUGUAACAUUGUCCUUUUUUGUUUUUGAGGCAUUUCAUAAAACUACUGACAAGAGCACGUUGAACAAGCUAUUAAAAAAGGCAGAGGAGCGGUUUGGCCUAUUACAGAAUUAUGGUUCGACUAACAGUGUAUCUAAUUGCUAAAAUCAUCAGUCACAAGACUCGCAAUGAAGAGGACUUUGAACAGUACCUGCGAAAAAUAACUCACCUGAAUUUAUCAGAUAAGAAUAUAGAUGCAAUUGGUGACCUCUCUUUGUGUAAAAAUCUUAGAGUUCUGUAUUUAUAUGAUAACCAAAUUAGUCAAAUCGAGAACUUGGACUUUGCUUCAAAUAUAACGCACCUCUAUCUUCAGAACAAUUGUAUUUCACGUAUAGAAAAUCUCUCCUCCCUGAAAAACCUUGAAAAACUGUAUUUAGGAGGCAACUGCAUCACUGUAGUAGAGGGCUUGGAUAAAUCAGAAGAAAUAAGAGAGCUGCAUAUUGAAAGUCAACACCUCCCUCGUGGUGAGAAGCUUCUGUUUGAUCCAAGAACUCUGAGGUCCCUGGCAAAAUCUUUAUCUGUGUUGAAUAUCAGCAAUAACAACAUUGAUGAAUUAGAAGAACUGGCAGUUUUGGAAAAUCUUACUUAUCUUAGAGCAGUUGACAAUCAACUACAAGACGUGGAGGAUUUGGAGGUUGUAUUAAACAAAUGGACAAAGCUACGCAGAAUGGACAUUACAGGAAACCCCAUCUGCCGAAAGCCAAAGUACAGGGACAGGAUUGUUGUACAGUCACAAAGUCUAGAAUCCCUUGAUGGGAAAGAAAUUAAAGAAAUGGAAAGACAGUUCCUAGUGAACUGGAAAGCCUCCAAAGCUGCCAGGAAAAAAAGCAAAGAUAGAGUGACAGAUGAACAUAUACUCUAUCAACAUUUUUCUGACUUUGAAAAACUUUAUCCCAUUCUUCCCGUUCACCACAAUCCAUCUGUGAAAGAAAAAACAGAUUUUUUAGUUGUGUCUGAGAUGCACAAAGUUAAAAGAAAACCUCUGCCAAGAAUCCUGGGAAAAAACAAGUCGGAUGAAAAGUCAGGCUGAGGAGGCAUCUGAAGUAACAGCAGAAGCUGAAUUCUAAAAGCCAGAAGUUACAGGAUUUGAAGAUUUGGCCAUUAUUGGAUGCUUUUUUCUUUUUUUUUCCUUCUCAAAGGUUACAAAGAAAGGCAUUGGCAUCUCUCUGGAUGUGUUGUUUGCAUCUUUGUAAUCUCAAAACCAGUCAUUGACUUUAAUGCUGCCUUUUAAGAGCAUUCUGAAAAAUACGGGGACUGCCUAUCUAUUUAGAAGAAAUGCAAAAGCAGGCAAAAACAUCAGCCCAUGGUGGGCUAAACUGGGUGCCUGCUUCUUAAACUUCAGCAAGAAAGGUAUUGUUUUAACCAGCUUCUCACCUAGUUUGUGACCUUAAUACCUAAGCAGUUGCUUCUUUCCAUAUAUGAUACUCGUCAUGAUUAUCCAGAGGCAUGCAUAUAGUCUCUUACUUCAGGAAGAAAGGAGCUAUUAGCAUAUGAUAUUGAGAUCUCUUGUCCUGCAAAAUAAUUUCCAUUAUUUGGACCUUUCCAAGUUCUGCUAAAUAGCAUGGAACAGUUAGGAAAGAAGGCACAAGAAGAUUAAUGAUAUCUGUGCUGAUUAAUUUUUGGAUUGCGAGCAUUACACAUUAAUUUUACUUCAAAUUCUGCUUUGGGACUUGAAUUUGGCUGCUCUGCACUAGUUGCAGUAAUUAAAUGAACACUCAAGACUUCUGAUAUAGGAAAAUUCUAAAAGGAAAGCCCAGAUUGUAAAUUGCCCCUGGAAUAAAACCUUUGCUGAUGGAAUUUCUCUGUAUGAAUGUCAAUUCAGCAUCUUAUGCUUGAGAACCCCUCUGAGAUAAGAAAGGAAUUUUUCCUGAAUAAGGAAAUCAGGAUCUCUCUCUUUGUAUUCAAUGUUUUGUCUGUUUUGUUAUUGUUUAUGUUUUAUUGCCCUUUGAUAAAGAUAGUUCAAACAAAUUUAACUCCUGCAUACAUUCUCCUCUUGAAUAACAAGACAUCAAUCUUCAUUAUAAAAGAAGCAGGUUUCCAAAACUAAGGUAGUAAAUGAGUGGUACUAAAAACUUGAGGAUGAAGCUGGUGAGCGAUUUGCCAUCAGAAUAAGAAAAUAGAAACCAACAAGUAAACUAAUGAUGUGUAGCUGCCAUUAAUUAGUCCAUUACCAAAAUCAGUAUUAACCGAGCACGACAUUCCUUGUUUUGGCUAUUGCCAUCAAUACAUUCAGGUUGAGGAGGGCAGAAGAGCCUUUCUGCAUAUCGAUGCCCCAUGUUGUCAUUUCUAGAGACAAACACUGUCUGAAAAACAUGCAAUUAACUUUCAGAAAAUGAGGUUACUUAGACGAGACUUAGUUGAACUUAGAAACUGAUCCUACUUUAGCUCAAAUUGCAACAGAAUUUUAAACUUUUUUUAUUGGAUAUGGGUUAUUAAUGAAAACGUUCCUUAAAACACUUGGUAAUUUAGAAUGGGAUUUCACUUAAGAUACUUGGAAGCUAAUCUAACUUGAUCAGAAAAUUUAGAAGGAAAGAUGACAUUCUUCCAGCAUAUUGGAGAGGCAUUGCUGUGUUCUGGUGUUCCAAUGUUAAGAAGCAGCUCUACCUUUAGUAAUGUAGAAAAUACAAUAACAAGCAUUUUGCUGUAAUAUAUUCAACAUAACUGCAGAGAGUGCUGUGGUCUUACAAUACACUGACAACAUGGCAUGUGAAACAGGAUAAAAGAAAUUAUUUGAUUGGAAGUUUUCAAAAUACCUGUUUGGGUUUGGAAUUCACUUCCACUGUGAACUGUGGAGUUUUCUCCAUGGAGCAGAAGUUCCGAAUUUCAACCUAUUUUGACUCUCUUGUGGCCGUAUCUCACCUUGGAUUUGCUCUUAAGUUACGGCUGGAAUCAGUGGGACCUGAUCAGAUACAGACUCUGUGUGGCUUUGCACCGUAGCUGUCUUACUGGGAUGAGCAACGUUUCUGCUGGUCCAUCACCACUCUUUACCUCACCAGCAGACAAACAAACUUGUGAAGUCCUUAUACAGACAUGGGAACGGGGGAAAAUGAACAAGUUGGAAACAGAUACUAAGAAUGCUCAGGCUGAAUUGUAGCUGUAAAACCAGAACAUCGUUUGAUGUGAAGGGAGCAAAGUGUACCUGGAAAAACAUCGCUCUGUCUCUGGUACAACUUUUUCUUACCUAAAUCAUACUGGAAAUCUGGCUCUUCUGUGACUCUGGUGUCUCUCAGAUUUGAAAUAUACUGUUCAAAGUAAGGCAGAAAAGCCAUUCUCAGACAUUUAUCUGGGAAAGAAGAAGAAGAAACAGCUGCAGCAGCUUGUUACAGCUUUAGACUUAAAUAGUGGGUUGAUGCAAGAAAAUAAUCACUGGAUCUCAUGGAGGAGUCUUCUAAUGGGAGAAAAUCUUGCUGGAGCAAAGCGCAACUGUCUCUACCUUUAUGUCUGCUUGGUUUGUGGGGUUUGGGUUUUGGUUUUUUUAAUAUAGGUAAAGCAUCUCUUCUUUGGCAACAGUUUUAGCAGCCAGGGUGGUCUCUCCAAGCCCCAUGCACAAAUCUCUCUAUGCAAUCUCUCCAACCACACACAGCAGUGAGCUGGAUUUGGAGUUGUCAAAAGAUGGUAAUGGAGUUCCAUCACUUCUCUUCCAACUCCUUCCAUUGUAUUUCCUGCACUGGCCAAACACAGUGUGUGUACAGUUAGAAAGUCAAGAGAGUGCUUAAUUUUAUGUCAUUUAUUACUUCAGAGCAGAGAAGAGCACAGCACUUAUGAUCUGCUAAUUUAGGGUGGCUGGGAAGUCUCUGGCAGUCAGGGUACCUACUGUUGAGUUUUACGUCUGUCAUUGACCCAAAGCCAUGUUGCCGAGAGGCCCAGAGCCUAGUUAAAAGUUCCUUUGGAGUUGACGUCUCUUGGGCAGGCGGACUUAUCCCUCUGUGGGAUAUGGGAGUGCUGAUCCCCAGACUUGUGUGCCUCAACUACUCAGUGCGUUUGGCAGUUACAGCAGGGGUCCAUACUGGGACCAGUGCUGUUUAAUAUCUUCAUCAAUGAUAUAGACAGCAAGAUUGAGUGCAUGCUCAACAAGUUUGCAGAUAACACCAAGCUGAGAGGUGCAGUUGCCACAGUGGAAAGACAGGAUGUCAUCGAGAGGGACGUGGACAGGCUGGAGAAAUGGGGCUGUGUGAAUCUCAUGAGGUUC